AUGGCGCCCGCCGCCGCCGCCGCCGCCGCCAAGCCGGCGGCGAGAACCACAGCGAACGUGGCCGCGGCCGUGCUGCGCGUGCAGGUGGCCCUGCUCGAGGGCGCCGCUUCCCGCAACGAGCCGCUCCUGCACGCGGCCGCCGCGGUCCUCUCCCGCGCCGACUACGACGACCUCGUCACGGAGCGCACCAUCGACGACUCCUGCGGCCACGCGGCCUGCCCCAACCCGCUCCCCGCCAACGCCAACGCCAACACCAACGCCAAGUUCCACAUCUCGCUCCGCGAGCACCGCGUCUACGACCUCGAGGAGGCGCGCAGGUUCUGCUCCGAGCGAUGCCUCGUCGCCUCCGCGGCCUUCGCGGCCUCGCUACCCACCGAGCGCCCCUUCGGCGUCCCGCCCGCCCGGCUCGACGCCCUCGUCGCGCUCUUCGAGGGCCGCGGGGCUGGAACGGCGCUAGGGUUGAGGGAGGGCGGCGGUAAGGAGGAGGUGGAGGAUGUGGGGAUGAAGGUGGAGAUUAGGGAGAAGGAGGCGCCUGGGCCUGGGGAGGUCACGCUGCAGGAGUGGAUUGGGCCGUCCGGCGCCAUCGAGGGCUAUGUUCCCCGCCAUCACCCCAUUCACCAAGGGCCCAUGCCAGAGGCUAAACAAAGCAAAGGUAGUAUAGCUGAGCAGUCAGGGAAUAAGAACAUGCAUUCUGGAACUGCUGCUCCUGGGAAACAUGGUAUGGCUGUUUCAUCGUCUUCAGUGGAAGCAGAAGUGAGCUCAGAAGUAUUAGCUAAAAAGUUAGAUGUUAACAUGAAAGCGAAGAAAAAAGAAGCAGCUAAAACCCCAUCGAAGAUUUUCAAGCAGGAUGAAGAGGAUGAUAUGCUGUCGACAUGCAUAACAGAUACCAUUGCGAAGCAGCUAGAGCAUGUAAUUUUGGAAGAGAAAAAUGACAAGAAAAAAAAGAAAUCAACUAGAGUGUCACCAAGGGCAUCCAAGAGUAAGCCUGCAAGAAAAUCUGCUGGAAGUGAUAGGCAUGGAGUAGGCUUUAGUAGUACAAUCAUCAUGGGGGAUAAUACUUCGUUACCUGCUGGAAGCGAUGGGCAUGGAGUAGGCUUUACUAGUACAAUCAUUAUGGGGGAUCAUGCUUCGCUAAAGACGGAUCAAGGGCCUAUGGGUCAAUAUAACUUCUCAAGCUCCAUCCUAGGAGAUAAUCAUCCCUCAUCAUCUCAACACUCUGCAAGAGAUUCAACGAGUGGUUACAACGACCAACUACAUGAAGGAUUCAACAAAGCAGUGGACCUUGAAAAAAAUGAGACAAGUGACGAGAAAGCUAGAGCUGCACUAAAAUCUUCACUUAAGGCUGCAGGGUCCAAGAACAGAAGUCAGUCUGUGACAUGGGCAGAUGAGAAUGGGAGCAUCUUAGAAAUAAGCAAAGCAUAUGAUAUCCAUUCAGAUGAUAAACAAUCUAAGGCAGACAUUGACAGUUCACUAAGACGUGAAUCUGCAGAGGCUUGUGCAGCUGCCCUUAUUGAGGCAGCAGGAGAUAUUUCUUCAGGCACAUUAGAAGUGGAAGAUGCAGUUUCUAAGGCAGGGAUCAUCAUAUUGCCUGACAUGCUUCACCAGGAACAGUUUGAGAAUGAUAAGGGCAAUGAUACCGCGGAUAAAGAAGUAUCUGAAGUAGAUAAUGAUGUUGUGAAGUGGCCAACGAAGACUGUGCUUCUAGACACAGACAUGUUUGAAGUUGAUGAUUCGUGGCAUGACACUCCGCCAGAAGGUUUCAGUUUAACCCUGUCUGCUUUUGCAACAAUGUGGGCCACACUAUUUGGAUGGAUAUCCCGGUCAUCUUUAGCCUAUGUGUACAUGCUUGAUGAAAGUUCUGUGGAAGAGUUGUCGAUUUCUACUGGGAGAGAGUAUCCUGAGAAGAGAGUUUCAAGAGAUAGCCAAUCAUCUGAAAUUAAAAGAGCUUUAGCGUCUUGCAUUUCUAAUGCAUUGCCAGUACUUGUAUCAAACUUGAGGAUGCGAAUUCCAGUUUCCAAGUUGGAGACUACUCUGGGAUACUUGAUCGACACAAUGUCACUUGUUGAGGCACUACCUCCUCUGAGAUCAAGGCAAUGGCAACUGAUGGUUCUUGUGCUGCUUGAUGCACUCUCGGUUCACCGGCUUCCUGUUCUUACUCCAGUGAUCUCAGACUCAAAGCUUGUGCAGAAGGUUUUGAUCUCAGCCCAGGUUAGCAGAGAGGAGUACGACUCCAUGAUCGACCUCGUUCUCCCUUUUGGAAGAGUCACACAGACACCCCCGCCAAGCUAGCCCAUACAAGAAAUCUUGCUAAUCAGUUGGGAGUGGAGUGUGGCAAUCCUCUACUGCGCACAGAAUUUGGAUAUAUGUUCACGCUGCUUAGUACUUAGAGGCUUUUACAUAUCGGCAUUUAAUUGACGCACUCACUAGCUAAUGGCAUGCACAAGCGGGUCUCCCUUCGCGUCGAUUAAAUCCGACCGGAGGGAGUAUAUCAUAAAUAUCGCUGUCUUGCCGUGGCUUGUUGUAUUCCUCUCUUGUUGCUGCUGUCAGCUGCGUGUGCAGCCAGGCAUGUUUCCUGUCAUUGUCGUAAACUCGUACCUUUAGUGUAGAGAGCAAAAGAUAACUGCCACCAGAGAAAUCUUUAGCAAUAUCACAUCAUGGAAUAUCAUAUCACCAUGGACUUGUCA